AUGCCAAGACGAAGGGAGCUGCAGGCCGAGGACCUAGCCAGCGCGCUACGGCACCUCGACGAGGAGUUCGAGGCGGGCGAGAGGCUGGCCAACGAACAGACGUGGUGCGCGCCGGUGCCGCGCGAGAGGCAGGUGAGGACGGUGCGGAGGUUCUACCGGGCGUUCCACGACGCAGGCACGCUGCCGAUCGCGACCUGCACGCUAUGCUACCGGAAGCGGGCCAAGGGGGAGCUGAGGGAGAUGGCGUGGGAGGGGUGGUCGCGGAGCAGUGUUGCGGGGGGCGGGCGGUCCCGGUUCGGAUGCGGAAGCUGCUUCCCGGAGGGCAGGCCGGUGCCGGUCUGCGUAGAGUGCGCGCGAUGGGCCGGGCGCGAGGGGGCGUCGCCGGCCAUGUACCUCCACGGGCGGCUCGGCUGCGAGCACGCGUACCCCGACGAGCUGAAGGACCUCACGCCGCUCGAGGAGAAGCUCAUCUCACUCAACUCGUGCUACGGCUUCGUGACGAAGUACAGCAUCCCGGGCGGUCAGAGGCAGAGCGUGCUGCCGCACCCGCUGCUCCGGGUCAUGGACGAGAUCCACGUCUCGUGGCAGGGUGCCGAGAGGCCCGGGCCGCGCGACCUAUCGGGCCUGCUGUCGGAGAACAAUCCGCUCUACGGCGAGGUCGAGAUCGACGCGGCGGAGAUGGCCAGCUGGGGCGCCGCCGCACGGUGCCGCCAGUGGUGUGGUGCCGCCGUCGGAGCGGGCCAUGGACGACGAGGUGCGGUCGAGAUCGAGGAGGUCCUCGCGAUGCUGAGGCAGGGGCGGGACCCCACCGAGGGGAGCCGGGACGUCGGGCUCACGUGCGAGGACGACGACGGGGACGGCGCUAGGCCCGAAGAGGACGGGGACGUAAUCAACGAGGUGACGUCUUCCGGCAUGUUCCCGUUGGACGGGGCGCCAGAGGUGGCCGAUGCUGAGAAGAUUCGCUUCGCCCGCGGUGCCGUCGGGCCCGAGGAGCGCGCGCCGGCCCGAGGACGGGGCUCGCCGACGAGGACGCCACUGGGAGAGCGCGGGCCCAGCGUCGGGAACCAGGGCACGCAGGCGGAGCGGGUCGCGGAGGGCCUUAUGUCGACGCGGAACAUGAAGCUCCAAGCAUGGGAGAGCCGGCUUAGUAUGCGGAAGAAGAUACUCUCCCUCAUCAUAAGGCACGGGGUGCCGGCCAUCUGGUUCACGCUGAACCCGAACGACAUUACAAACCUGGUAAAGUUGCGGCUAGCGGCACACCGCAGCCGCGACCCGGACGAGGCCGAGGCCUUCCUACGAGACCUAGGGACCGCGUAUAAGCGGACGCGGCUGGCCAUAUCGGACCCGAUGAGCUCGGCCGUCUUCUUCCACCGGGAGAUGACGCUCUUCUUCGAGCACUACGUCAACGUCGGGGAGGAGUCGGUGUUCGGCCACGUCGGCGCGUACUACGGCGCGGUUGAGACGAACGAGCGAGGCGCUCUCCACAUCCACGGGCUCCUCUGGCUAAGGGGCAAUCUGCGCCGGCGCGACGCAGAUCCACACGCAUAG